AUGGGUUUAGAAGGCUCAAAAGCUCGCCCCAAAAAUGAUGACGACCAAUCUAAAGCGGGAAGCAAAGUGGACUCAAAGGCAAACUCUUCGGCAGUGUCCGAGGCCUCUGACUCCUGUGCCUCCGGCUCUCCGGUGACCGCCGUAGCAACGGGGGCAGUCUCAAAGUCAGGCGCACCUUCAACGAAGGAGGCAUCGGCGACCAGCGGCUCGGCGGUGGCCUCGUCUGUGGUUUCUCAAUCAGGCGCUGGUGCUGCCUCGCCAAGCAAAGCGGAAACCAAGGUGUCGAGGGAAGAUGACAACGCAGACACGGCGCUGGGCGGCAGUACACUGGGCAGCCUGCUUGGCUCUAAGUUCUUCGGCGUUCCCGAGAACCCUGAUCGCAUUAUAAGUGAAGAGCCAAAGUCUAUCGCCAAGUCAUCAGUGGCCAAGUCAUCGAGCAUCGAACCGAGUGCCGUGUCCGGGCACAGUUCAGUGGUAGAGAAGUCGUCGGUGAUGCCGAGCACCACUGGUGCAGGCAAAGGCGCUCCCAGUGGCGUCUCCGAGGUGGACGGAGCAAGGCGGUCGACCUCUUCUGCGGCCACCUCAGAAAAUGUGUCCUCUGCCUUCACUACCGCCACUACGGGCACAUCUGCAGCUUCUAAAACUGGCGGCUCAAGUAGCGCUGGUAAGUCAAGUGCCGGUAGCUCCAGUGCUGGUGGCUCUAGUGUGGGCGCUUCCAGUGCUGGCGGCUCCAGCGUUGAUGGCUCUAGCAAUGAUGGCUCAAGCGCAAGUGGCUCGAGCAAUGCCGGCUCCAGUGCCAGCGUUGCAAGUAGUGCCGGUAGCUCAAGUGCUGGUGGUUCGAGCGCUGGCAGCUCAAACGAUAGUGAUUCGAGCGUUGAUGACUCAAGCAAUGACAGCUCAAGUGUCGGUGGCUCAAGCGCUGGUGGCAGUCAACGCGGCAGCAAGAGUAAAA